GUGGGCUGGGGGCUGCGGCGGCCUGGCGGCGGCCUGCUGCAGGCUCUCCGUGGACCCAGCCGCGCCGGGCCGGUGGCGUGAGGCGGGCGGCGGCGUGGGGAGCUGAGGCGCCGGGGGCGGUGGUCGCGGCGCGGCGGCGGCUCCCCUGGAGGCCGGGGAUGUGGGAGAGGCGGCGGCAGCAGCGGCGGAGGCGGCGCUGCGGACCCGGGGGAGACUGCUGGCUGACAGGACACCCGGGCGAGACGUGAGGGGCCCGCCGCGGCCGCUCUGCCCCCGAGCGGCGCUGGGCUCGAGAGGGCGGCCCUGUGCUCCCGGGCCCGCUGGCCAGCAGGCGCGGGGCGGAGGCGGGAACCGGGCUCGGACCCGGCGCGCAGGGCGGCGGCGGCGGCGGCCGCGGAGCAGCAGUCUCGGCGCGACGUGGAGGGAUGGAGGCGGCGGUGCACUAGGCCUCGUCUGGGGCUGCCGCCCGGGACCGCAGUUGAGUGGUGAUUUUAUGCAAUGGCUUCAAGCCAUAGUUCUUCUCCAGUGCCUCAAGGAAGCAGCAGUGAUGUUUUCUUUAAGAAAGAGGUAGAUCCAACAAAACACAUUCGACCUGUGCAGUCACUGCCAGAUGUGUGUCCCAAGGAACCCACAGGUGAUUCACAUAGUUUAUGUGUUGCCCCAUCUCUAGUUACAGAUCAACAUAGAUGGACUGUGUAUCAUUCCAAAGUAAAUCUCCCAGCAGCAUUAAAUGAUCCUACAUUAGCAAAAAGAGAAUCUGACUUCUUCACAAAAACUUGGGGAUUGGACUUUGUGGACACUGAAGUCAUACCUUCACUCUACCUCCAACAGAUCGGCAAGGAGCAUUUUGUAGCCUAUCAGCAGGAGAUCUCUCAGAGAGAGAAGAUUCAUGAGAGAUGCAAGAAUAUUUGUCCUCCUAAAGAUACCUUUGACAGAACUCUUUUACAUAUUCAUGAUAAAUCCAGGACAGAUCUGGAGCAAGUACCUAAGAUUUUUAUGAAACCAGAUUUUGCCUUGGAUGAUUCUUUAACUUUUAAUUCAGUUUUACCAUGGUCUCAUUUUAAUACUGCUGGUGGAAAAGGAAAUCGUGAUGCAGCUUCUUCCAAGUUGCUUCAAGAAAAGCUGAGCCAUUAUCUGGAUAUUGUGGAAGUAAACAUUGCUCACCAGAUCUCCCUACGUUCAGAAGCAUUUUUUCAUGCAAUGACCUCUCAACACGAAUUGCAGGACUACCUCAAGAAAACUUCCCAGGCUGUAAAAAUGCUUCGAGAUAAAAUUGCACAGAUUGAUAAAGUUAUGUGUGAAGGAUCACUACAGAUUUUAAGACUGGCACUUACCAGAAAUAAUUGUGUUAAAGUAUAUAAUAAACUGAAGUUAAUGGCCACUGUACACCAAACUCAGCCUACAGUGCAGGUGUUGUUAUCUACUUCUGAAUUUGUUGGAGCGUUGGACUUAAUAGCAACAACUCAAGAGGUUCUGCAGCAGGAACUUCAGGGCAUUCACAGCUUCCGGCAUUUGGGAUCACAGCUUUGUGAAUUAGAAAAGCUGAUUGAUAAAAUGAUGAUUGCAGAAUUUUCUACUUACUCUCAUAGUGACUUAAAUAGACCACUGGAAGGUGAAUGCCAGGUUUUAGAAGAGGAAAGAUUAGUAUCUCUUGUAUUUGGGCUUUUGAAACAAAGGAAACUUAAUUUUUUAGAAAUCUAUGGUGAAGAAAUGAUUAUUACAGCAAAGAACAUCAUUAAAGAGCGUGUGAUUAAUAAAGUUUCACAAAUAGAAGAAAUAGACACAGAUGUUGUCCUAAAGCUUGCAGAUCAAAUGAGAAUGUUGAAUUUUCCCCAGUGGAUAGAUCUGUUAAAGGAUAUUUUUUCUAAGUUUACAGUUUUCCUACAGAGAGUUAAGGCAACAUUGAAUAUCAUCCACAGUGUUGUUCUCUCAGUUCUUGACAAAAACCAAAGGACUAGAGAAUUGGAGGAGGUCUCACAGCAGAGGAAUGCUGGGAAGGACAACUCCUUGGAUACAGAGGUGGCUUACCUGACACACGAGGGCUUGUUCAUAAGUGACGCUUUCAGUGAGGGUGAGCCAGCAUCUGCAGUGGUUGAUACUACCUCUCAAAGAAACACGUCUCCACAGAGCGAGCCCUGCAGCAGUGACUCAGUAUCCGAACCAGAAUGUACUACUGACUCCUCAUCCAGCAAAGAGCAGACGCCCGCGGCUGUCACUCCAGGAGGUAUAGACAUUAUAGUCAGCGACGACAUGAGACUAACUGACUUGGAGCUGGGAAAAUUAGCAAAUAACAUCCAAGAAUUGUUGUGCAAGGCUUCAGAUGUGUGCCACGAUCGAGCUGUCAGGUUUCUCAUGUCAAGAGCAAAGGAUGGUUUCCUUGAAAAGUUGAAUUCCACAGAAUUCAUAGCGCUCUCGAGAUUAAUGGAGACGUUCAUAGUGGACACUGAGCAGAUCUGUGGGAGGAAGAGCACGUCACUGCUUGGGGCCCUUCAGAGCCAAGCAAAUAAGUUUGUGAACAGGUUUCAUGAAGAGAGGCGGACCAAGCUCAGCCUCCUCUUGGACAAUGAGCGCUGGAAGCAGGCUGAUGUUCCCGCCGAAUUUCAGGAUCUUGUUGACUCUAUAGCAGAUGGAAAGAUUGCUCUACCUGAAAAAAAGCCAGCAGUUACAGAAGAGAGGAAGCCAGCUGACGUUCUUGUUGUCGAGGGACACCAGUAUGCUGUUGUCGGAACUGUCUUGCUGUUAAUAAGAAUCAUUCUUGAAUAUUGCCAGUGUGUGGAUAACAUCCCAUCUGUCACUACCGACAUGCUCACCCGUCUGACAGAUUUGCUGAAGUACUUCAAUUCAAGAAGUUGCCAGUUAGUUCUUGGAGCUGGUGCUUUGCAAGUUGUUGGACUAAAAACAAUUACUACAAAAAACUUGGCCCUCUCCUCAAGGUGUUUGCAGUUGAUCGUGCACUACAUUCCUGUGAUCCGGGCUCACUUUGAAGCCCGUCUGCCCCCUAAGCAGUGGAGCAUGCUUAGGCAUUUUGAUCACAUCACCAAGGAUUACCAUGACCAUAUAGCUGAAAUAUCGGCUAAGCUUGUAGCGAUAAUGGAUAGCCUGUUUGAUAAGCUGUUAUCAAAGUAUGAGGUGAAAGCUCCUGUUCCUUCCCCAUGUUUCAGGAAUAUUUGUAAGCAAAUGACAAAAAUGCAUGAAGCUAUAUUUGAUCUUCUUCCUGAAGAACAAACACAGAUGUUAUUUUUAAGAAUUAACGCAAGUUAUAAACUCCACUUGAAAAAACAGUUAUCACACUUAAAUGUAAUAAAUGACGGAGGACCUCAAAAUGGGUUGGUCACAGCAGAUGUAGCUUUUUACACUGGAAAUCUUCAAGCCUUAAAAGGCCUUAAAGAUCUGGAUCUAAAUAUGGCUGAGAUCUGGGAACAGAAGAGGUGAUGACAGACAGGAGACCUGGGUCGGUCAUCUGACCACGGGAUGUGUUUCUGAAGAACAUCUGGAUGCCUGGUGUGCUAAGAACUGAACCUGGGACCCAAGUGAACUGAGGCAGGGGAAGGGAAAAGGACCAGUGUUGGGAACUGGAUCCAGUGGGAUCUACAGAGAAUGCCGUUUCUUGUGCAUCCUUGAGUCAGGAGUAACUAACUGAUCAGGUGUCUAUAACAUUUUUCAUUCUCUCUGGAAACAGACUCAGGAUUCUUUGGACCAAAUCCAAAAGAACACAUAGCUGUAACACAGCUGUAGUUGCCUAGAAUGCUCUGUAUACUUUAUAUUAAAAAUGCUCUGCAUUUCUUCCAGUGCAAUGAAAUUCAUAUGGUGUCCCACCUUAUUUAAUGAUGGUACAAUUGAAAAUAUUAAAAUAAUAGUCAACCUCUGUAGAAAGUUUUCUCUAUGAAAGUAAAGCUGUUUGAGAAAUUAUUUUUUUACAGAUCUUUAUAAAAAAUAAACAUCUUUUGAUUGCUUGGAUUUAGGAAUUCAGUUUUUGUUUUAGUGACCAAUGUCAAGUUUCAGGUUUUGUGUGUUGCAUAUUUAACUUUUUCACUACCACUGUUAAGUCACUGGGUAAAGCCUCAAACUGCUAAAUACAUAGAAGACUGAUUAUAAAGAAUAUUUGCAUUUACUUAUGCAACUACUAAUUUAAAUACUUUCCAGAAGUGGUAUACACAAAGCUAUGGUUUAAUAGCUGUAUUUAUUAAAGUACCUAUGAAGGGUUUGGGGUAGCAUUCUGUUUUUUCUUUACUUUUUCAUUUCUAGCAGAGGCAAGAAUACAUAUUCAUAUAAUAUGCUUACUUAUGAAUUCUCAUUUUAACAUUAGAUAACAUGAAAUGUGGCCCUCUUGGAUUCUUGCUUCUAAGUUACUUUUGAUGUGUAUAUAAGCAAAGACCAGGGAUAAACAGAAUUGUUAAAAUACAGGCUGCUGUGCUGGGGCCAGAGAUACAAGGUCGAGGAGUGAGCUAUCUCAAGACUUUUAUAAUGCCUACUUUCAAAUCCAGAAUUGGCAGCACUCUACAAAUGAAAGUGCCUGUGUCUCACACCAAGAACCUUGCAUAAUCUGUCAGAGUGCCUAAUCUUGUGGUGAUAAUGUACAAUGAAAUAAUCUUGUGGGGUUUUUUUUUUGUUUUGUUUUGUUUUCUCAAGAGGAAUUUUUUUUUUUAUCAUUGCAGAGGUAUGUCAUUGGUUCUUAAACUGUCAAAAAUAAAGAUGUAAAAAAUUCA